UCCCAAAAUGUGAUAUCCACCGUCGAAGCCUGGUCUUUCGUCCCUUGCUUUUCCGUUUCCGAACGAGCUCAUUUAGUCCCUUCAUCUCCCACUCUUCGCAAUCCGUUCAAAUCAAAUCCAGCUCUCUUCUUUUUCCAUUCUUUUUGCUCCUCUCGUCAGUUUCUGCCUCUCCGCUUCAUUCGAUUCUUCGAGCAGCCGUGGAAUGCGGGAGUAGUCAGAUUUUAAUCUACUUAUUUUCAUGGUGGGAAGUGCUGGUACUGGACUUGUGGAUGGGAGCGCUAGUUGAUGAGGAUGGGGUGGGUAGGAGGUCAACUGAGAAUGGUGAGCCGGACGGCAUUGUAGCUUCCAAUCCUGUGGUUUACCAGCUUGUUCGGGUUGAUGGCGAUGGAAGGCUGAUUCCUGCCACAGAUGAUGAGCUCAUUGAGGUUAAGCAUUUUGUCGAGGAAGAUGGUAUAAUUUCAGGGACCAGGCAAUCUGAAAAUGAGGUUGAUACCAAAAAAGUUAUGUUUAAGAUGGAUGUAGAUGGUCCGUCGUUUGGCCAGCCAAAUAUAUCCGAUACCCUUGCUAAAAACCAAUCUACUGAAGCUUGCUCAGAAAUUAGAAAGAAUGCAGUAAAUGAAGCUGCUGAAGGAUCUUUCUCUAAAAAAUUUUCAAGUUUGAAGCCUGACUUUUCUCUGCUAGAGGGAGAGAUCUGUCUGGAUAAUUUCUCAAUCAGAGAGCUUCAAGAGGCUUUCAGAGCCACCUUUGGGCGUUAUACUUCUGUUAAGGAUAAAUUGUGGCUUAAGCGACGUAUUGCAAUGGGCUUAACAAACUCUUGCAAUAUUCCAUCUGCAAAUUUCAUUAUCAAGGACAACAAAAUAGUUCUCUGUAAUGUGCAAGAAGAGACAACAAGCAGAACACAGCGCAACAUGUCUUAUCCUGGGUAUAUAAUGAUGAACAAUUCCACUGAUCCGCUAAAUGAGACUUUGCAGAGAACCUUGAAUGAUACAAGCAGCGGAAUUGUGGAACAGAAAGCAUCAUUUACUAAGGCACUUGAUAAAUCACUCGAAAAAUGCAAUGUGGAGAAUUUGAAUACUCAAAUGGAGCAAUGUGGGGCCAAAAGGAUUAGAAGACCUACAAAACGUUACAUAGAAGAGCACACAGAAGUUGAGGUCAUGGCGUAUAGUGGAAGGGUAGCUUCUUUGGGUAAAACUGCAAUGCAUGAUCAACAUUGCCUUAAAUCGAAGGUUAGGACACCUUGUUUGGUUGAUACCAGCCAAGACUUGCUUGGAGGAUAUGAUGCACGGAUACCAUCUGUUCUUAGGGUGAGAAGACGACCACCUAGGAAGAAUUUUUUGACGUUAGUGAACUUUGUCCACACGGAAAGAGAAAAAAUGAACCCAGAAGUGUUGAAUAGUGAACAGUCGCCACACCAAAAGCAUGAAAAGUUUAUUUCUUCCGUUGGUGCUGCAUUUCAUGAAAAAUCUGAUACUGUACAUCCAGUGGAAGCUAGUGUUAAGAGGAAGCAUCACCGGGCCUGGACUCUUGGUGAGGUCCUGAAGCUGGUUGAAGGAGUGUCCAGGUAUGGAGCUGGAAGGUGGUCUCAAAUCAGACAAGUAGCUUUUGCAUCAGGUUCUCAUCGAACAUCCGUUGAUCUCAAGGAUAAAUGGCGAAAUCUGUUGAAAGCUAGCUUUGCACAAGUGCCAACUGAUAAAGGGAUUGGGAACUCCAGGAAACCAGCUUCCUUGCCGAUUCCCACGCCAAUAUUGCUGCGGGUGAGGGAAUUAGCGGACAAACGUUCAGAUUCCGAAAUAGAGUUUGGUUCCAGUCAGUUUGUAGGCCAUGGUGGAAUUGUACAGGAAAAGGAGACGGGGUUCUUGUGAAUAAUCGCUGUAUGUACUGUAAAAAAAAUAAAAUUAAUAAUAAAUAAAUGAAAUUAACUAGUUUAUGUAGAAAUAUAUCUGCUGAUCCCGCAUCAUUUUGGUACAUUAAUGCAUUUGAUCUUUUGUUUCAAAUUUUGACAUUAAUAUUAAUGGUUCAUGCGUUUACUUGUGA